AUGACAAGUCUAUUGGCAGAAGAUACUGUGGAGUCCCAGGGCUCAGAUGAACUUGAAUGCAAAAUCUGUUACAAUCGCUAUAACCUGAGACAGAGAAAACCUAAAGUCCUGGAGUGUUGCCACAGAGUAUGUGCCAAAUGCCUUUGCAAGAUCAUAGACUUUGGGGAAUCUCCUCAGGGAGUCAUUGUUUGUCCAUUCUGUAGGUUUGAGACAUGCCUGCCUGAUGAUGAGGUGAGUAGUCUUCCAGAUGAUAAUAACAUCCUUGUCAAUUUGGCUUAUGGAGGAAAGGUAAAGAAGUGCCUACCAGACAAUCCCACAGAACUCUUGCUGACUCCCAAAAGGUUGGCAUCCCUGGUCAGUCCUUCCCACACUUCCUCCAACUGUCUGGUUAUUACCAUCAUGGAAGUACAGAGAGAGAGCCCCCCAACACUGAACUCAACCCCAGUUGUGGAAUUCUACAGGCCCUCAAGCUUUGAUUCUGUUGCAUCAGUACCCCACAACUGGACAGUGUGGAACUGUACAUCCUUGCUCUUCCAAACUUCAAUUCGAGUCCUAGUUUGGUUGCUAGGCUUACUGUAUUUUAGUUCCUUGCCUUUAGGGAUCUACUUACUGGUAUCAAAGAAAGUCACUCUUGGGGUAGUAUUUGUCAGCCUUGUUCCCUCGAGUCUUGUUAUUCUCAUGGUUUAUGGCUUUUGCCAAUGUAUAUGUCAUGAGUUUUUGGAAUGUAUGGCUUCUUCUUAG